GGAAAGUGAGUGGAAGUGCACAUGUAUAUGCAAAUCAUUUUCACAGUUGAUUCGAAAAUCUAAUGCACGAGAACGUUUAAUCAGAGUAGUGAGAUUCACGGCAAAACUGGCCACCCAAAUAUAUAUGGCAAGCCAAGACACAUUAUUUUGUAGCAUCACUAAGUUGUAUCGUCAUGGCUGUAUCAGCUACAGCUAUUAUGAAUCUUUUCUUUACAAUAUUACUCACACAAGCACCCAUUAAUUUGAGUUAUGGAAGUAGUACUAGUGAUGAUGUAGUAUGCAUCGAGAGCGAGAAAAAAGCGUUGUUGAGUUUCAAGCAAGACCUUGUUGAUCCUUCCAACAGGCUUUUGUCUUGGAACGUUUCUAAUGAGAACUGCUGCAAAUGGGCUGGAAUUGUCAGCAACAAUUUAACCGGUCAUGUUGAACAGCUCCAGCUUUCUAGUUUUGAUCCCGACUAUGAUUUUUUUGGGCGAGGUUCUUUAGAGGGAAAGAUAAAUCCUUCGUUGCUUGGUUUGAAGCAUCUGAGAUACCUAGACCUUAGCCACAAUGAAUUUGGAGGGAUUCAAAUUCCCAACUUCAUUGGUUCGCUUGUGAGUUUAACACAUCUCAACAUCACAGAUGCUGGCUUCCAGGGACUAAUUCCUCACCAACUUGGAAACCUCUCGAGUUUGACUCAUCUUGGUCUUCAAGGUAUGGCUGAAUUAUAUGUUGAGAAUCUUCAUUGGCUUUCUGGUCUUUCUUCCUUAAAACACUUGGAAAUGGGCUAUGUGAAUCUUGGUAAAGCCUCAGACCAUUGGUUGCAGGUAAUAAACAGGCUCUCUUCUUUAUCAGAAUUACAUUUGUCCGGCUGUGAGCUCUCUCAUAUUAUUCCUAAUAAUUCUGUGUUUUAUGUUAAUUUUACAUCCCUUUCCGUCCUUGAUAUUUCAUAUAACAAUUUUAAUUCUUUCAUACCGGAAUGGAUUUUCGGCAUGAAUAGUUUAGUGUAUCUUGAUCUAAGCUCAAACACAUUUAUAGGCCCAUUUCCCAAUAGUGCUUAUUGUUGGAAUUUGACUUCUCUGAAAGGCCUUAAUGCUGCUGAUAAUUCUAUGGAUUCUUCUUUAGCCAUUUGGAUAUCUGGUCUGAGUAGUAGUCUUGAGUCUCUCGAUCUCGGGGGUAAUGCUCUACAAGGUCCACUUCCAUGCAGCAACCAAAACAUGACUGCUCUUAGAUAUCUUGAUUUGAGCAGAUCUGAAUCAAAUUCAAUGGCCGCCAUUUCCAUUGGCUUUUUGUAUGAUUUGGUCGGACUUGAAUACGUCUACCUUAGUGACAGUAAUUUAGAGGGUGUAAUCUCAAGUGCGAUUCAAAAUCUUACGUCGCUUGUUCAUCUUGAGUUGUCCUAUAAUUCACUCAUAGGGGAAAUGCCUACAUGUAUGGGAAAUCUUGCGUCACUCGUUUAUCUUGACUUGUCUUCUAAUUCACUUGAAGGGGAAAUACCUUCAUUUUUGGGAAAUCUUACGUCAAUUGUUCAUCUUGACUUGUCCUUUAAUUCUCUUAAAGCGAAAAUACCUACAGCUUUGGGAAACCUUAAGUCAAUUGUUACACUUGGCUUGUCCAGUAAUUCAAUCGAAGGGGAAAUACCUACAGCUUUGGGAAACCUUAAGUCAAUUGUUACACUUGACUUGUCCAGUAAUUCAAUCCAAGGGGAAAUACCUACAUCAUUGGGAAAUCUUUGCAAUUUGUCAGAUCUUUCCCUUGGAGGUAAUAAAUUUGGUGGGAAGGUCUCAAAUGCUUUUGAUAGCUUGUUGUCAGCUGGCUGCCUUUCAAAUAGUUUGACGUCACUGGACUUGAGUGAAAAUUUAUUUUUUGGUCAGCUGACAGAUCAAAUUGCCGAAUUCAAAAAUGUAGUCCGGCUUUCACUUGGAGAUAAUAUGAUAUCUGGUCCUUUGCCGGAGUCAUUGGGGAAAUUAACAGAGUUAGAAGACCUAUCAAUUGGUGGCAACCAAUUGAAUGGAUCUCUUCCAGAAAGCCUUGGUGGUCUCUCAAAUUUAGGAGGUCUCAACAUUUCUUCAGAUCAUUUAGAAGGUGUUGUUACUGAACUUCACUUUGCAAAUCUCACACGCUUGAGAAUGUUACUUGCUUCUGGAAAUUCAGUGAGUCUAAGAGUAAGUCCAGACUGGAUUCCUCCCUUUGAUUAUUGUAGAUUUGAAUUAGAAUCAUGGAACCUGGGACCCACGUUUCCAAUGUGGCUCAAAACACAAAAAUAUGUAGACAUGGAUAUAUCAAACACUCAAAUUUCAGGCAUCAUCCCCAGUUGGCUUUCCAACUUAACCAUUGAAUACUUAAACGUCUCUCAUAACCAGCUUUCUGGCAGAAUUCCUGAUAUUCUUCAUAUCUAUUCUCCUUACUCAAUGGUUUACAUGAGUUCCAACAUGCUCAGUGGUCCCCUCCCUCGAAUCACUUCUGGGCUCGUAGAGCUAGAUCUUUCUAAUAAUUCCUUGUCUGGGGAUAUUUCUCACUUUCUGUGUCAUCCAUUGGCUACACCAAACAAUCUAUCAAUACUUCAUCUUGGGCGGAAUCAUUUCUCAGGAAACAUUCCUGAUUGCUGGAUGCAUUGGCCUGAAUUAGAAGUCAUAAAUUUGGAUGACAAUAAUCUAACUGGGAAAAUUCCAAGCUCCGUGGAAUCUUUACAAAGCCUGUUAUCAUUGCAUUUGCGCAACAAUAGUCUCUCUGGAGAAAUUACACCAUCUCUACAGAAUUGUAAGCAGUUAAGUGUUCUCGACCUUGGUCUAAAUGAGUUCAGUGGAAGCAUUCCAACAUGGAUGGGAACACGUCUUAAUCUGACAGUUCUCAUUCUUCGAUCAAACAAGUUGAAUGGUCAAAUUCCAUUUGAGCUCUGUAGCCUCACCGCACUUCAAAUCAUGGAUGUUGCUGAUAACAAUUUGUCUGGAACUAUACCAAGGUGUUUUGACAAAUUGAAAGCCAUGACCACCGAACAAGUAAUGAAAGAAGCCAUCUCUUAUUCCAACUUUGAUGGUUAUUUCUUCGAGGAGGUAAUGGUGGUGAUAAAAGGAAGAGAGGAUCAAUACGACAUCAUCUUGCCACUUGUAAAUGGUUUGGACCUUUCGAGCAAUAAACUCACCGGAGAGAUCCCACAACAACUCACAGCUCUCCAAGGAUUGAUAUCCCUAAACCUGUCAGAAAACUUUUUGGAAGGAAGAAUUCCAGAUAGUAUUGGCAACAUGAAGUCAUUGGAAUCUCUUGAUUUGUCAAGAAAUCAACUUUCCGGUGUAAUUCCUCCAAGCUUGUCAAGUUUAACUUUCUUAAGUUACUUGAACUUGUCUUACAACAAUUUGUCAGGAAAAAUUCCAUUAAGCACCCAAAUCCAGAGUUUUGACGCUUCUAGUUUCAUCGGCAAUGCACUCUGUGGGCCGCCACUUUAUAACAUCUGUGAUGAAGACCAGUCAAAACCUACUAUCAACAAUGAAGAACAGAAGGCAGAUGAUGGAGGUGAAGCUGACCGCUGGUUUCAUUUGGGCAUUGGAACAGGUUUUGCAGUAGGAUUCUUCGGUGUCGUUGCUCCAUUGCUCAUCUCCACAGACUGGAGGCAUGCUUAUUUUGGCUUUUUUGGUUACUUUUGGUACAAAAUUCUCUACAAGUACAAUUGCCUUUGGCCUUGAAAUAUGACCAUGAGCCAGCCAAUAAUGCAUCUACAAGGAGCCGAGUUUCAUCUCUUUCUUUUAGCUUUCUUUUGCAUCUAUUGAAGGCUGCUGAUGAUGUUUCAAUUUGGUUUUUAUUGUCUUUUUACAAUUCUGCAUAACCUGAGGAUACUUAGUUUGGGUUUGUUGAUUAUGUUUAUGUAUAAUUCAAGAUUCUGUACAAUAUGUUACCAUGCAGAUGAUUGUCUCCCUUGGUCUUAGUAAAGAUUACAUUUAAUAUGGAUGGUUAAUUAAUUAGUAAGUAUUGAUAUUC